AUGACACUAAGUCGAGGGAUUUCAUUUGUCAUCAACUUCAACUUAGACUUCAACACUUCGACCAUCACUCCGUUCCGCACUCAGCGGUGGCCCAAGCACAUUUGCAAGUUCCGCAACAUGUCGGACACCAACAAGGCCGUCGCAGCGGCGUAUGCGCUUGAUGUGGGAGCCUUAGGCUCUAUGGAGCUGCCUCGCGAGCUCCAAGAGCUCCCCUUCCAUCCACUACGCGCAGCAGCCCAAGGACCCCGGGCUCCAGAGAGGCCCAUCGCCGUCGACAUGGGCACCGGCAACGCCCCGCGCAUCAUCGACGGGUGGCAGUCCGCCCUGUUGCUGGAAUUUCAGCUGGACGACCCGGCCAACCAGAAGGAGAGCCCCAUCGACGGGGAGCUCCACUAUGACAUCGACGGAGCUGCUGUCGAGUUCGACGUGGAGCGAGAUAUAGUGGAGGCAAUAUGCGACGACUACACAGGCAAUCUGUGCCUCGACGAUAGCGUGGAAGCCCUCAUCGAGGCUCGCAAGACCGUGGUCUACGUGGUUGUGUACCUGGACGCCACCGUGACGGGCGAGUACCCCGGCAUCACCAAGAAAGUGUUGGCAGCUGGGUCGUGGUCUGAUGUUCGGCGUGUAAUAGGAUCCGCCUGCUACUCUGAUGCGGCCUACAAGACCGAGAGCAACCCAGAAGAUAUCCUACCGGCGACGACAUCUACAAUAUGGCUCCCUGCGGGACAAGAGGAGCUUGCUUCCGAUCCUGGAAGCGUGCAAGCGGCCGGCCUGCUCGAGCUCAAAGAGAAGGCGCCGGCCAUCGAAAAGGCUGUCAAGAUCAAUAAGCUGGAGAAGGACGAGCACGAAAUACGCGUCCGGAUCAAGCCGCUGGAGGAGGAAGAACGCGUCAAACGGCUCAAGAUUGCUACGAUUCAAGACAAUUACCUGACACCUCUGGAGAAGCAGCUUUUUGGGAUUCAGGACGAGCUCUUUGACCUAUUCGAUGAGAGCGUGUUCUUUUCUGAAGCUGGAGGUGUCCAACCUUUUGGUGUCGGUGGCGUAGCUCACGGCUUUUCUGGCGCUGGAUGCCUUCAAGCCUUUUCUGGUGCUGGGGGAGUCCAAGCUUUUGGUGGUGCUGGAAGAGUGCAAGAUUUUGGCGGUGCUGGAAGAGUGCAAGAUUUUGGCGGUGCUGGAUGUCUUCAAGCUUUUGGUGUCGGUGGAAGUCGUAGUCCCCAAGCUUCUGGAAGUGCUCAAGUGGCUGGUGGUGCCCAGGCAGUUAGUCGUGAAGAAAUGCCAAUUUCAUGGCAUCAGAUGCCGCCAGCAAACCGAGUGAAGUUCGGAGGUGCAAGCAAGAGCGCUGUACGAACCCGCACAAUUGAGUUUCUACUGCUACCAACACACGCGCCCCAAGUGCUCCGUCGACGACUGCAACAAGAAUUCAAGACUCAGGGGGCUGUGCUACACCCACCUAGCGGUCUAAGAUGCAAGGCCGAGGGUUGCGAGAAGCACAUUGUCAGGGGCGGGAUGGGCAGUACGCACGCGCCGCAACAACUUUGCAAGUCCAAGGGCUGCGCCAAGACCGCAUCCGUCCAUCAUGCACUUGGGUUUCUCGGUCCCCAGGCCUGUUCUUCAUGCACAAGGGCGACGGAUGCAAGGCCGACGGGUGCUCCAGCAAAGCCCAAAUGA